AUGAGAUCUCCAGUACAAGGACGACCACUGAUAUUGUACACGGCUUCCAGUGAUGUUGCUAUCGGGGCACUGCUAGACCAAGAAGAUGAAGAAAGCGUCGAACAUCCAAUUUACUAUUACAGCCGAACCAUGAAGGAUGCUCAACUCAGAUACCCGAAAGCUAAAAGAGCAUGCAUGGCAUUAGCUCAUGCAAUGCGAAUGUCAGAGUUCGACAUAGUGUGCGUUUCUCCUAAAGCAAUCAAAGGUCAAGCGGUAGCAGAUUUACUGGCUGCCUUUCCAGGGGAAGAUUCCACGAUAUUACAGGACGAUGUACCAGGUAAAUUUCCAGAAAUUUCAAUCGUCAAGGAAGAAACGUGGCUGUUGUACUUUGAUGGAUUUGCUACUCCUAGCAACGAUACUGGAGGAGCGGGCAUAGUCUUGGUCUAUCCAUCUGGUGAAGUAUUCUCACAUUCAUUUAAGCUGGACUUCCACUGUACAAAUAAUUCAACAGAAUAUGAAGCUUUCUUGCUAGGAUUAUCCUUAGAUAAAAAGGCAGGAGUGAUGCACCUAGAGAUCAGAGGAGAUUCAAAACUGCUGGUCAAUCAAAUGAAUGGGAUAUACUCUCUCAAGGAGAUAACACUUUCUCCAUUCAGGGUUGAGGCGCAGCGGCUACUAAAUCAUUUCGCUGAUGCAACUAUCACCCAUACUGGCCGGUCCAAUAAUAGACAUGCUGAUUGCUUAGCAACCCUCACCUCCAAGUUGCUAUUUGAAGGGUCAGAGAAACCUAUCAUAGUGCAAAGACGAGAUGUAUCAUCCACAUGGCUUAGUCAAACUGAAGAUGCUCAAGCAAACAACUGGAGAACACCUAUUAUUCACGAACUGAGCAGUUCCGUUAUAGAAGCAGCAGUCCGCCUUAAAGAGCUAAAAAACUUCUUCUUGAUCCACGGAGCCUUGUACCAUCGCAACCCUGAUACCUCUCUAUCCCGGUGCCUUGGCGAUGAAGAAGCGAAGGAAAAGCUCAAAAGUGUACAUCAAGAAAUAUGUGGACAGACGCUGGUGAUAACACUUUAUAGAAGACUUCAAAGGCUCGGGACUGCACCAAGGAGCUCGAUUGGAACAUCAUCGUACUCGCUCAUCUAUGAGGCUGAUGCUAUACUCCCAGCUGAGAUAAAAAUUCCUCCAGCAAGGAUUGCAGAGGCCAGUGGAAUACGAUGGGAUGAAGCUGAAGUGUCAAAGUCAAGAGUUGCUGAACUGGACAUGCUCGAAUCAAAGAGAGAUAAAGUAUAA